AUGCCUCCCAAGCGACGCUCAUCCGGACCUGCGGCCAAGUCGUCGCAGUCCACCCUCGCAUUCCACGGAGCCUCCAACAAAGUCACCAAGUCGGGCGCAAGACCACAAGGCGCAAAAAAGGGUCUGCUGUCCGACACAAAGCCCAAAACUCCUACCCAACCUGAGGUUACCAACAUCGAGAAUGAUGAACCCAGCACGACUGAAGUCGCCAUCCUCGAGCAAGCAGAGCAGGAGGUCAAGGCGCAAGAAGUAGAGAGCACACCAGAAGAAGAAGCCGCUCGGCGCAUGACAGAUGCAUCGAUCAAGAAGUAUUGGGCCGCAAAAGAGAAGCAGAGAAAGGCGCCGAGGGUGCAUCAGCAGGAAUUGACGGUGCACGAGAAGAUAUUGCGGGAAUUCGAUAUGAGCGCACAUUAUGGUCCCUGCACAGGAAUCGCCCGAGUAAAGCGCUGGAAGCGUGCUCAACGACUCCAUCUUGAUCCUCCACUCGCGGUCCUCGCUGUCCUCCUCAAGGAGCAAGACAAGGAGGGAGAUUCCAAAGACAAACUCGCAUAUCAACGGUCCAUUGUGGACGAGUUGCUGAAUUCCAAGACUGAUGUGGAUGCAUGA